AUGGAUAAAACCAAUGAAAAACAACAAACUAAAGCGAAUAUUAUCAAUCCAACGCAUGAUCAAAUGAUACAACACCUUUAUCGUGCUAACCAAGUUGCAAAACGUGCAUUACAGUUUGGUCAUCAUCCUUUUGGUUGUGUACUUGUCGCACCAGACAAUGAAACUGUUUUGAUAGAACAGGGUAACAUUGAUACAGUUAAUCAUGCUGAAUCAACACUUGCUCGAAUUGCUUACACUAAUUUUUCUCCGGAUUAUCUUUGGGGAUGCACACUUUAUACGACAUUUGAACCGUGUGCUAUGUGUACAGGUACAUUGUAUUGGGCCAAUAUUGGACAUGUUGUUUUUGGUGCAACAGAAAAACGUUUACUCGAACUCACUGGCAGUAACGAGAAAAAUCCGACACUUGAUAUUCCUUGUCGUUACGUCUUUGAUCAUGGCCAGAAGAACGUUAAAGUAUCGGGUCCAUUUUCUGAAAUUGAAGAUGAACUUAUCGAAUUACAUAAAGGAUUUUGGAAAUAA